AUGGCCGAAACACCACCACGACUGCAACUGGGUGUCGCCUGCGAAGAAUGUCGACGAAAAAGGAUACGCUGCGACCGGCGGAAACCUCAAUGCAUGGCUUGUAGUACUGCCGGCGUCCAAUGCGUAGUCCGCGAGACUUGCCCCCCUCGAGGACCAAAGAAGGGAUAUCUCAAGACGCUACAGAAAAGAAUCGAGGAUCUCCAAACCCAGCUGGAGAAAUCACAACGAAGCGGAUCCAACACCCCUCCCGAGACAAGGGCAUGUUCGUCGGUCCAAGGGGCCAGCACUCCUGAGGACGAAGCGGGAAGUAGAGGUAGCAGUAUCGACAACAACAAAAUCCAACACACCACGAGCACGAAUCCUGAAAUAACCGAUGGCAUCCCCACCUCGCCACUCCCAUUCGAUUCCCCCUUUCCCAUUAUUUCCAUGGAGCCAUUCGGAUGCCUCGAGAAUGCGUACACGAGCCCGCCCUUUCCCUCGCUUACCUCGUUAGACCAUCUUCAAGAGCUAGCUCAGUUUCCAAAGGAGACCGAUUUGGUCAUCACUCCUAUGAUGCAUAAUGACCUAGAUCAGCUUUAUUUCGAUCGCGCUUAUGCGUUUGCACCCAUCGUCCAAGCCCACCGCUACCGUUCUUGGUCCAAACAACGAGACAAGAGCCAGCAGAGGACCUGCCUACAACUUGCCAUGUGGACCCUGGCCUCGUCACUCUCUAGUCAAUUCUCAAUCGAAGGGCGCAAAUUGUAUACCAAAACUAGACAACUCCUGCACGCGCUAGAGUCAGAUGAAUCUUAUCACCAAGUGUCUUUCCAGCAGGCUCAAGCGUGGACAUUGCUCGCCAUCUACGAACUCACAUGCCAGGACUUCCACCGAGGCAUGAUGUCGGCCGGUCGAGCCUUCCGCUUGAUCCAAAUGAUGAGGCUAUACGAACUUGAUGCCCCGACCACCCCUGGUACCAUGCAACUGGAUAAGUAUCAUAGUCAGCUUGUCCUUCAAGGUCCGGUCCAGGACGACUGGGUCGAUGUUGAAACUAAGAGGCGGACCUUCUGGUUAGCAUAUACGAUCGACCGCUUCACAUGUAUGGUCGAUGGGCUGCACAUGUUCUUUGAUGAACGCCUGAUCCGCACGCGUCUCCCAGCUCCCGAAGUCAACUUCUCCAACAAUCUCCCCAUAGACGUAGGCUUUCUGACAGACGUGAUUCCCGUCGUUGGCCUAGAAUGGCCACAGAACAACCUGUCGCACUUCACAGAAUGCGUCAUCGCCGCGACCGUUUGCGGACGGGUCCUGGAACAUACACUGAAAGCGCCGGGCAGACCUGAUCAAGAGUUCUGUCGUCAACAUCGCGCUCUGCAUGCGCUACUGACACAACGUAUCCAGGUGCUACAAAUAUCUGCAUCGUUGGGAUAUCCGGAUCCUAUCCUCGCUUUCGUUGCUCUCGCAGCACAUAUAUCCAUGCUUAUGCUUUACGACCUUGUCACAUCCAGGUCUCUGGGUACCGAUGCGCAAGGAACGCAGCUCGCACAGGCUCUGUAUGCAGAACAAAAGCAGCAGUCUUUGGAUGCUGUGGCCAAUGUAGCGGUCCUAAUCUCUUUUCUAGACCAGCACUUUCAGAUGCAUCCCUUAACGCCAAUUCUACUCCUCCUCGGCGCUCGUUUCUCUCAAUCUCAUCCUGGGUUGAAUGACGCGUACAUCAAACUGUUCCCAAGCAUCAUCACGAUGUUGCAGGCCUCGAACGGCCCCAAAGGACUUGCACAGAACUUCUGCCAACUCCUAGAACCCAAUCUCGACAUCCAUUGUGCUUUCACAUAG